AUGAGUGAACUUUAAUUAAUUCGUCCUCUCUAUAAAUAGGGAUCAGUAAUGAAAGAAUUAACUAUAGCUUCCCUACAAACAGCGAUGAGUUUUUUGUUAGAAUAUCUACCAAAUACAAUUUCAAUUUAUUUGCUUGAAUUCAAGGAAGACUCUUUAUUAGUCGGAGCCUUAGGGUUAGGAAUUCUUACAACUUAAGCAUUCGGAAUGGGAAUUUUAAAUGGUUUAGCUACAGGAUUAGAAACCUUAGUAUCAUAAGCUUAUGGAGCAAAUCAUUAUGAAUUAUGUGCAAAAUUGUAUUAUAGAUCGUUGUUUUUGUGCACAUUGUUUAUGAUACCUAUUUCCCUAUUCUUGAUCUUUUCAACAUAGAUAAUAUCUUUUAUCAAUAAGUACAAGUGCUGGUUUACUUUAGCAAUACAGAAUUAGCAGAAGAAACAGGACAUUUCAAUAGAUAUAUGAUUUUAGCAGUCUAUUUGAAUGCAAUCUUUGUGAAUACAAAAGUAUUUUUAAAUGGUUAAAACAUUUACAAAUAUCAAUUCUACACUCAGCUUGUCACAUGCAUUCUUUUUAUUGGAAUAAGUUAUUUUUUUAUUGUCAAACAAGAGUUAGGAAUAGUAGGUUGUGCAUUAAGUUUAACAAGUUUAGAUCUAUUGAAUAACAUUAUCUUAUUUUCAUUUAUUUUUGUAACUAAAUGUAGUCAAGCAACUCUAUUUAAAUUUAAAAGAUAAUACUUAUAAAAUACAUUAAAAUUUUUAAAAGAAGCUAUUCCUAUAGGUUCUAUAUUGUGGUUAGAAUGGAUAAGCUUUGAUUUUUAUGUAAUCUUAGUUAGUUAUCUAAAAACAUAAACAAUAAGUGCUCAUGUAUUAAUGUCAAAUUUUGCAGGAUUUCUAUAUUAAUUUAGUUAUGGAAUAUCGAUUGCAUCAACAACAUUUGUAGGUAAUGAAAUGGGAAGAAAGAAAAUAGAAAUGGCUAAAAAAUACACCAAAGCUACAUUUUUUAUAGAUGGAAUCUUUUUAUUAAUAACUUUAGGAUUGUUUACAAUAUUUGGAAAUUCUUUAAUUGAAAUUUUGAGUGAAGAUGAAACAGUUAUUUCAGAAAUCCAGUCUUCAAAAUAUUUAUUAGUAGCAUUUAUUAUUUUGGAUGGUAUAGUAUUAAUUUAAAAAUAAAAGGUUUAUAAGCAAUAAUUUCAGGAUUAGUAAGAGCAAUAGGAAGAGAGGCUAGCGCUUCAAUUACAUUUAUAUUAUGUUAUUUGGUCUUGGGAGAAAUUAUUGGAUACUUCCUUUGUUAUACUGCUGAUUUUGGACUUAAGGGAGUUUGGAUUGGUAUUGUAAUAGGAGCAUUAGCUUAUGAUGUCAUACAAUUUGUAAAUUUGAUAUGGAAAGAUUGGAAUGUUUUGGCUGAUAUUAUUCUUGAUAAAUUAAUCAUUUUACAUUAAUAAUAGAUUAUAGUAUUCUAGGAAGAGGAAAUAUGA